AUGGGGAACCGAGACGAUGAAUACGAUUUUUUGUUCAAAGUCGUGUUGAUCGGGGACUCGGGUGUGGGCAAGAGUAAUCUUCUGUCUCGAUUCACAAGGAAUGAGUUUAACCUGGAGACGGGGCAGGAGCGCUACAGGGCCAUCACCUCAGCGUACUACAGAGGGGCCGUGGGAGCACUUUUAGUAUAUGACAUUGCCAAACAUUUGACGUAUGAAAAUGUGGAGCGUUGGCUAAAAGAGCUGAGGGAUCAUGCGGACAACAACAUUGUGAUCAUGUUGGUUGGAAACAAGAGCGACCUGCGCCACCUCAGAGCUGUCCCCACAGACGAGGCCCGGGCCUUCGCAGAAAAGAACAAUCUGUCUUUCAUAGAAACAUCAGCCUUGGACUCGACAAACGUUGAAGAGGCCUUUAAAAAUAUUCUUACAGAAAUAUAUCGAAUUGUAUCGCAGAAACAGAUUGCUGAGCGGUCGGCUCAUGAUGAGUCUCCAGGGAAUAAUGUGGUGGACAUCAGUGUGCCACCAACCACCGACGGCCAGAGAGGGAGCAAGCUGCAGUGCUGUCAGAACCUGUAG